CAGCAGCCAUGCACAUGCACCCGCUGCGAUGUCUUGACUCUUCCUAGACCUUGCCAUCCUUCUCGGCCCUGCGACAACGCUCACGCGCACCCCGCGCAAGACAUGGUCAACCCAGGCUCCCCAGUCCCCUCUCGCAGCAGCUCAGACACCAUAGAACUCGCCGAGUUCGAGGACGUGCUCGUGACACCAGACCCGGACCACAUUCACCGCUACAAGCAGUCGUCCGUCAUACCUGAACCAGACCCGAGCGAAUCCGACGACGAAGAUAAUGGCCUUGAUGAGGGCGACCUCGCACUGCUUGGGGCAGGAAGGAGAGCCGAUCCGCGUGCGCCCGCGCGUCGUGGUACAGCCUGGACGCAAGUCAGGAGCCUCGUAAUAGAGACCUCACCUACACUCCUUGUCACUACCAUCGGGCUGCUGUUCACCGGCGAACUAUUGUCCACUGUGUCGCAUUGGAAGGAACUAUCCCGUGUGGAUGAACUCAUCAUGAUCAUUCCCGUGGUACUUAACCUAAAGGGCAAUCUAGAGAUGAACCUCUCCGCACGACUAAGUACAGCCGCCAACAUAGGGGAGCUGGACAAAGCGGACACGCGUCGACAAAUCAUCAUUGGCAACCUUACGCUGCUGCAAGUGCAAGCCGCCGUGGUAUCCUUUGUCGCAGCAUGCGUCGUUUUCGUCCUUGGACGAAUAACGGCCUCCCCGGCUCCCGCGGGAUCGAUACCCACUACUGGCAACGGUACCAUUGCCAAUGCUACUGCUUCUAUAGUGCAAAGGGCCUUAUUGGCUUCGCUCCCCGCUUCAUCGUUGCAGCCCAGAAAGCCACGUCCAUCCUUGCCUCAGGGUGGCAAGAAGAUUUCGGGGCCGCAUGAGUUCAUAAUGGUGGCUUCCGCUGCUAUGUGCUCCUGUGCGCUAUCAGGUGUAUUUUUAGGAUCCUUCAUGUGCGGGCUCAUAGUGCUGUGCCGUCGUUGGGGAUACGACCCAGAUAAUGUCUCCCCUCCAGUGGCGGGCUGUCUGGGCGAUAUGCUCACAUUGUCUAUCCUCAGUGUUGUAUCCCUCAUCCAUGUCCGCAUCGAGAACACCCCGCUGCCCCUGAUCUUCGUCAUCUGUCUGAGCGCCAUCGCCAUAGGGCUUGCCUUCUCUGUCCGCCGGAAUCCUCAGGUCAGUCAUCUACUGAAGCAGGGAUGGUGGCCGCUGUUCGCGGCGAUGAUCAUUAGCAAUGGCACCGGGCUGCUCCUUGAUACCUUCGUCACCCGGUAUCAAGGAUAUGCUUUAAUUGCUGUCGUCAUCACUGGUCUGCCGGGGAGCGUCGGUGCAAUCUUCGUCUCGAGACUAUCGACCGCACUUCACGCAGCAGCCAUCACGAUCCUGCCGUCCUCCGCGGACCACAAAGUACACCCCAGCCCACACUUGGUGAUGACUACGCUACUUGUCGUCGGCUUCCCCAUCCAGCUCGUCUUUCUCGUCUUCAUCUACGCCUUCGGCUGGAUUCACCUCCCGUUCAUCUUCGUCGUCCUCGAGAUCCUCUUCUAUUGCACUGCGGUGGCAAUAGCCCUCGUACUGGCCCGUGGGAUCACCGAGUACUUCUGGAAGUGGGAGCUCGACCCAGACAUGUACGCGCUGCCAAUCCACUCCGCGCUCAUGGACGUCGUGGGCCAGUCCUUACUCGUAGCAUGCUUCGAAGUCGCCUCGUUGCUGGGAGCGAAGGUACGCUCAAUAAAAUCGUAGCCCCUAGUCUUGGAGGGCGCAGCACCGGGCUGCGUCUUAGAUCGACUAUCUUCCUCUAUUUUGUGGUCAGCAACGGAGACUAGCUGCGUCUGUUGCUUAUGAUGCAUUGCAUCCUAACUUAUGCGAUACCUGUAAUAUAAUGUAAUACGUCAAGCACUGAC